GAGGUUAAUGAGUGCUCCGCUUUCUAAGGAAUUACGUGCCAAAUAUAAAGUUCGAAGCAUGCCUAUCCGCAAGGGGGAUGAAGUACAGGUUGUGCGUGGAGAGAAAAAAGAAAAUACGUCUGCGAAAGUUGUCAAAGUCUAUCGGAAAAAAUUUAUUAUACAAAUUGAACGGGGUCAAUGCCGAAAAAGUAAUGGUUCCUACGUCCCAAUAGGAUUUCAUCCGUCUAAUGUGGUCAUCCAUAAACUAAAGCUAGACAGGGAUAGAAGAUCAUUGCUGGAUCGAAAAGCAGCAGGAAAGCUUCCGCCUACAGAUAAAAACAAAUAUACGGAAGAAGCUAUUGGAAAUUAG